AUGUUCCGGAGGCGCGCGCUGCGGCGGAGGCUGGCGGCGGCCGGCGCCGCCGACGUGCCCGACGACCAGCUGCGGCGGCUGGCGCGCGCGAUCGACGCGGGCCCCGAGGGCGCGGCGUGCGUGCCCGCGCCCGCCCUACGGCUGCCGGCCGCCCGCGCCCUCCGCUUCCCCGACCUGCGGGACCUGGCCGAGCUGCGCCGGCUGCCGCGCUGCGCGGACCACCGCUGCUGCAACCCGCACCACUACAGCAGACUCUGCGAGCCCGUUAGCGCCGCGCCGCUGUGCACGUUCGCCCCGAGUGCUGGCCCGUGGCGUGCGGCUCCGUUAGAAAGUCGCCAGUCGGCGGCCGCCCGUGUGGUGAACCCUUAUCGCAUAUUUGUUAUGUUUUAUCUCGACGCGCGCGUAACGCGGCGUUCCGUUCGCGCGUAUGGAUGUGCCCGUGCGUUCGUAUUUUUCCAUUUGGACGCGUGCGCGUGCCUGCACCGGCGCCGCUGGUGGCGGCUCCGGUGGCGCCGGUGGGCCGCGGCACGUCCGCCAACCCCCGUGGCGGCGUAUUGUAAACAUUGUCGCCGGCGCGGUCUAUUAAUAGCGGCUGACAUCAGCGGCGGCCGAUGGUCCGCGGCCGCUGGGCCCGGCCGCGCUAAUCUGCCGGCCGAGGGUCGCGCCGCGAUAACUGCACAAGGUCACGGCGCCGGCGCCGCUCUGCCGAGACGGCUGCGCCGCCGCUGGUACGCGAGCGACGCCCGCCUCGGUCCGGCCCGUACCGAACGCUUUCGUCUCGUCUGCGGCUUAUUUAAU